AGCGCGCCAGGGCUGGCCACUGAGCGUUGGCGGAGCGUGAAGACCCGUUUGCCUAAAGGUGGCUCGUUGAAUCUAACGGGGCGGAUUGCUGUGGAGUAACCCUGUGAUGGGGCAACAGAUCUCGCUGUUCGGUUAAUGUUGCCUCUCUCAGUCACCAGCGCAGUGCCGGAAAAGUGUCCAGACUUUGAGCGCGCAGAGUCCGGUAUGUCCGAGGGGAAGAGCGCUGAACGCUGCAGUUUUGAGGCUUUAUCUCUGACAACUCCUGCGGACCAGAUGGUGCCGAAAAAAUGACUCGGGCUCUCUCCAUCCUCGCUUACCUUUUCUCUCUGGUUCACUGUAGCAGCAGUGCUGACUCAGAGGAGCGGCUCAUGAACUGGUUGCUGGGAAAGGAUCGCUACAAUCCGCUCAUCCGGCCGGCUGUCAACAGGACCGAGAGAGUCACAGUGAAGCUGCAAGUGUCUCUGGCACAGCUCAUCAGCGUGAAUGAAAGAGAACAGAUCAUGACCACAAAUGUCUGGCUCACUCAGCACUGGGUGGAUUACAGGUUAUCAUGGGACCCUGCAAAGUAUGAAGGCAUCGACAAGCUGCGUAUCCCAUCCAGACACAUCUGGCUCCCAGAUAUUGUUCUGUACAACAACGCUGAUGGCACCUAUGAGGUAACAGUCUUCACCAAUGCCAUUGUCCUUUCCAAUGGCAGCAUCAACUGGCUUCCUCCAGCCAUCUACAAAAGCGCCUGCAAGAUCGAGGUCAAGCAUUUCCCCUUCGACCAGCAGAACUGCACACUCAAGUUCCGCUCCUGGACGUAUGACCACACCGAGAUCGACCUGAUCUUGAAGUCUGAGGUGGCUAGUAUGGAUGAUUUCACACCCAGUGGGGAGUGGGAUAUCUUGGCGCUGCCAGGCAGACGGACUGUCAGCCCUCUGGAUCCCACCUAUGUGGACCUCACGUAUGACUUUAUUAUCAAGAGGAAGCCCCUUUUCUAUACCAUAAACCUAAUUAUUCCCUGUGUUUUGAUCACCUCUCUGGCCAUCCUGGUCUUCUACUUGCCUUCAGACUGCGGAGAGAAGAUGACCCUCUGCAUCUCCGUCCUCUUGGCUCUGACUGUGUUCCUACUUUUAAUCUCCAAGAUUGUUCCUCCAACCUCACUGGAUGUGCCUCUGAUCGGCAAGUACCUGAUGUUCACCAUGGUACUGGUGACCUUCUCCAUCAUCACCAGUGUGUGCGUGCUCAACGUGCACCACCGCUCUCCCAGCACCCACACCAUGCCGUCCUGGGUCAAGCUAAUAUUUCUUGUGAAACUGCCUGCCUUGCUCUUCAUGAGACGCCCUAACAAUAACUCCUCCCGUCAGCGGCUCCGCCAACAGCGGUGCCUACGGGCGAGGAGAGCCAUUCUGGGUUUGGGUUACCCAGGGGCACCCAAGGCAGGAAUCACAAUGUCGUCUUCUGCCCUGCUAUCCUCCGACUCCGCCUUCUCCACCCCAGGACACAAAAAUGUAGCUCCGUCAAUGGGCUACAGCCACUCCAACAGGAAGGAGGACCUGCGCGCCACGGAUUACCUUCCCACUGGUUUCACCUCCACCCAGGACCUCCAGCAGAGAAGCAAUUCAGAUUGGGUUGCUGAUGUCCAGGAGGCAGUGAAUGGGGUGCGCUUUGUGGCUGAGCACAUGAUGGGAGAUGAUGAUGAUCAGAGUGUGAUAGAGGACUGGAAGUAUGUGGCCAUGGUGGUGGAUCGUAUGUUCCUGUGGAUCUUCGUGAUAGUGUGUGUUGUGGGCACCCUGGGCCUGUUUCUCCAGCCUCUCUUCCAGAGUCAGAUUAUUCCCAACCAGCAGCCAAGCUCAGAGACUCCUCGCAUCUGAUGAACAGCGAGAGAGACUGAACAACUUUAGGGUCUUCAUAAGUAAUUGAACUGUUAGGAUGAACAUAGUUACAAGGGGGAUGUAGGCCAAUAGUUUUUUUUUUUUAGUUUUGAAGUCUUCUUAGCAUUUGCUUGUAGUGUAUCAUCAGGGACCAGGAGCCCUCUGUGUCAAAUCCUACCACCGGGCAAAAAAGGAAUACUCUUAUAAAAAUAUACACUUAUUUUGUACAUCAGUGGAACAGACAGGAUGUUUGUGUGACAUAAAAAUUGAUAAAAAUGUCUCCUAAUAAUCAAAACCACAUGAUCUAAAGCAAUACAACCUUCCACAGCUCCAUGUUUUGAGGAAAUGGUGCAUCUGCCAGGGACCUAUUACAGAAUCAAUGCACUGAGGUUGUCCCCUUCCCUUCAUAUCUACAAAGGACAGCUCCAGAAGUGGACUGAAUGCAGCCUCUGCUGCACUCAAGAAUGCGAACAUAAUAUGUGUUGAGCCAUUACAGGAAUAUAACCAGUAUGACAGAGACAUGACAGCUGUCAGAUGUUUUAUCCUUAUUUGUGUUGAGUUAUCUUACCAUAUCAUUGAAAUGUGAUGUGUGAUUAAGGAAUGAAAAGUAAAGAUAAAUCAGUGUCCUCUUUCAGUUUGAUUAAAUGUAUGAAAUCCCCAAUAAAGUCUUAAAAUUGUCA